CCAUACUUUCUUUUUUCUCCAUCUUCUUCCAACCCAUAGAAACCAAAAUUACCCUUGUAUUGAACUUGCCCAUCAAAACUUUUAUUGCCUCCAUUUCCUCUGUUUCUUUUGGUUUCUGAUACUUGUUGUUUGCUACUCACACUUUUUUCAGUCAGAUGAUGAUAGAUCGUUAUUCAAUAGCUUUGUUUCUGGUUUUUUCAUAUCUUGUUGGCCUCUUGGAUGCUAGUGCUGGUGAUGCUGAUCCACGUUACAGGGGUUGUGUGGCAGAAUGCGAGAAAACUGGUUGUGCUGGGGGAACUUGCUUUCCACACUGCAAGUUUCCUUCCGAUGGUGUUGCCAAUGAUGGUCCAUGGUAUAUGCAAGAGCCACUUUACUUGAAGUGGAAACAAUGGGAUUGCCAAAGUGACUGUCGUUACAAUUGUAUGAUUGACAGAGAGAAAGAAAGGGAAGCAGUUGGUCAUGGACCUGUCAAGUAUCAUGGUAAAUGGCCCUUCACGCGAGUUUUUGGAAUUCAGGAACCAGCUUCUGUAGCAUUCUCUGCACUCAACCUAGCAAUGCAUUUUCAUGGUUGGCUAUCUUUCUUCAUCCUUCUUUACUAUAACUUGCCUUUGAGACAAGAUAAGAAAGCAUACUAUGAAUAUGCAAGUUUGUGGCACAUAUAUGGACUUUUGGCAAUGAAUUCAUGGCUCUGGAGUGCUGUUUUCCACAGUCGUGAUGUGGAUUUAACAGAAAAGUUAGACUACUCAUCUGCUGUGGCACUGCUUGGGUACUCUCUUAUUGUAUCCAUACUAAGAAGUUUCAAUGUGAGAGUUGAGGCUGCUAGAGUCAUGGUUGCCGCUCCAUUUCUUGCCUUUGUAACUACUCAUAUAUUGUACCUCAACUUUUAUACCUUUGACUAUGGGUGGAACAUGAAAGUUUGUGUAGCCAUUGGGGUUGCUCAACUUCUCAUUUGGGCAAUCUGGGUUGGUAUUACUUGCCAUCCUUCUCGCUGGAAGUUGUGGGUGGUGGUGGUUGGAGGGGGGCUUGCAAUGCUUUUGGAGAUCUAUGAUUUCCCUCCUUAUCAAGGAUUCUUUGAUGCCCAUGCUAUAUGGCAUGCCACAACUAUUCCACUUACCUGCCUGUGGUGGAGCUUCAUUAGGGACGACGCAAAGUUUCAGACUUCUAUCCUCCUUAAGAAGGCUAAGUAGUCCCAUGUAAAACUAACAUCAUCUUGUAGCAGCUCCACCAUUCAAAAGCCUUUUGUCGUAUCCUUUGGCACAGUGUUUUUACAUAUAAUAUAUUUCCCGGUUAUUUAUGAUGCAGAAAUGGAGAUCUCAUCUGCUCACUGCUCUGUUGGUUGAAACUUAAAAAAGACCAUUUUUGUUGGAUGCUCAACUUCAACAUGAAUUCUUUUGUAGAUUCAAAUCAUUAUAUUUUGUUGAAUUGGUACUUGACCCUGUUAGUUUAUACAUUUAUGUUGGAAUUUCAACAUGUAAAUUUUUCCGUAUUUUUCAAAUUAUAAACUAAUUUAUGUUUUAAA